AUGUUUUGUGUCUACGACACUACAGGGGAGAAACUUCUGCCCUUUACUAUUGGGUUUGCCUCCCGUCCUUGCUGCUUUACAAAUGGUCCUCCAUCCAAUUAUGGCUUUGAUUAUGCCUCCAAUAAGAAGGCAUGGAUGACGGCCAAGCUUUGGCAAGCAUAUCUUGAACGUCUUAAUGCGCAAAUGGAAUCCCAAGGUUGCCGGAUCCUUUUGCUUUGUGAUAACGCCAGCUCUCACAAACAUGAUCCAGCGCGCACUCCCAACAUUGAAGUUUACUACCUGCCUCCAAACCUUACGUCUUGGAUCCAGCCUAUGGACGCGGGUAUUAUCCGCAACUUCAAGUCUAACUAUCGCUGGCUCCACACCAAGUUUGUCCUUGAUUGUGAGGCAGCUGGUAUGUUGAAUCCUUACAAGGUUCAUCAGCUGGACGCAAUGUGUUUGUCACAGCAAGCAUGGGACAAAGUCUCCGCAUCAAGCAUCCGGAAUUGCUGGCAACACACUGGUAUUCUUCCCAAGCUCUGGGAAGUCGAGCGCCAGUUGUCUAAUGUUUCUCUUUAA